AUGGGAAAGUUCAUCUAUACGUUAUUAUUCAUAUUCAUUUCGGUAAAUCUCGUAUUGGGUCUACCUCAGGGAAAGCCACCUUUGAGAGUCAGAAGGUCAGCCGAUGAGCAAGAUAGCAACAUUCAAUCUAGUGGAUCUGUUACAAAUGCAAUUCAUGGUCUUUUUCCUUCUGUUUCUGUGGGACAUAACCCUAGUAAAGGAGGGCAUCUCAUACAUAAAGGCUCAGGUUCCAGCCACGGCUCUGGAAGCUCUGGUUCCAGCCACGGCUCUGGAAGUUCUGGUUCCAUCCACGGCUCAGGAAGUUCUGGUUCCAUCCACGGCUCAGGAAGUUCUGGUUCCAGCCACAGUUCGAGUGGAUCUAGUUCCAGCCAUUGUUCCAGUGGAUCUAGUUCCAGCCACGACUCAAGUGGAUCUGGCUCCGGUGGAAGCAGUUCACAAAACGGAGUUUCAAUAUCGGGCAAUACAUCCUUGUUUUCAUUUUUGGGUGGUCUCUUAUCUUCUAUUUUCCAUAUGCCAUAUAACUUAGUAUCUGGUCUAUUAGGUACGGUAUUGCACUUGGUCUAUGCGCUUCUUUCUGGUGUACGUAACCUUGUAACAUCUUUACCAGGUCUUCUAUCAUCUCUGUUAUCCGGAAUUGGGAAUCUUUUAUCCAAUAUACUCUCUCUCCCUGAAUUCCUAGUUUCAUUAAUAUUACAUCUUGUAACCGGUCUCCUUUCAGGUAUACUUAAUCUAGUUAUAGGUUUAUUAGAAUUUAUCUUAGAUACAGUUCUUGGGUUGCUCCGUAUGAUUUUACCUAAAUCGAUAUCAUCAUCGAUAUCAUCACUGGUAGAAGAUGUGUUACCACCAAUUAUACACUUAGAUUAAGCUUGAUUUCUUUUUAAAUGCUAAUCGAUAAAGUAUAAUUUAUCUUUUUCAAUUAUAUGUUAAAUAAAUAGAAACGUUAAACAACAUUAUACAAUGAAAAUAUAACACACGAAUGAAUAUUUAUUUAAUAUUAAUUAUUUACCUUUUAACAAUCGAUCUUAUCUUAUCUUCUUCGAUCGUAUUUAUCUAAUAAUAAUACCCGAAUAAUAAAUUUAAAUAAAGAUCUCUUGUUUGUGCGUGAUUAUUGUAAAAUAUUAACACUAAAUGACUUUGCUUUCAUCAUGAGUGCAUUAAUUGUAAAGGGAAAGUAACCAAGUUUCGUAAGAGUACAUCGAGUCCGUUGGCAACCAUCGGUGCUUCGUCAGUCAAUGUGUGAACCUCGUCAGGGUCGGAAGCAUAAUUAAAUGGUAAUCAUUAUUUAAUUCGUAACAAUCAAGUUCGUUAGGAUUAUUUACAUGCUCGUUCAACGUUACGCAUUUAAAGUGUCAAAAUAUACGAUUGUCUCAUUAAACAAUAAUUCAACGUGAAAUCAAGUGAAUUUAUAAUUUUUUAUUCGAUGUACAAAAAAUAUUAUUUAAUUGUUGUUCUUGUUUUGUUUUUCCUUAUAAAUACAAUUCUUCUUUAAUCGUUGUUAAAUAAUCUUAGAAUAUUUGAAACGAAAAAUUAAAACAACAGGU